AUGGAUGGCUUAAUAGUAUCAGAGGAUUUGGGGACAGCGAUUAUCUCAUUCAUUGCUAAUGUGGACAUCAAUGAUAAAAAGGCCGAUCAAAUAGCGUCGAACUUGAGUGAGAGUGUUAUAAGAAAGCGCAUCAAGCUUUUGGAGCUUGUUGUCGCCCUGAAAGAGCAUUUGCUAGCCGAUGAAGCUUCUCAAAGAAGGAAAGCACUUUAUUGCUUGUCAAGCGUUCUGACUAAGCUACCGGAGGACCAAUUGCUUAAGAACGAAGUAUCUGUGAUCUUCUCAUUUUAUCUGUCAAAGCUCGAAGAUACAGAGCUCAGUAAAGAGGCUUACUCUGGACUGUCAUCAUUGGCAAAGAUGAAGUACAUCUCAUUAGACAACACCAAAGACCUCGUCAAACACCUGAGUCAGAAUUAUAAACCCAGCUCAUUUUUGGCACCGGUUAGAUUCUUUGCUCUUCAAUGCAUGUCAAAUAUUUACGUGAGGAAUGAAUCGAAGUUGAUUUCAGAUCUGGCUUUCGCAGACGGUUAUGUCAAGUGUUUCCUCCAUGUUGCCAAUGGCGAGAAAGAUCCUCGUAACCUACUAAUAUCGUUCAAAUUGAAUCGUAGAAUAUCAUCAACACUGAAGAACAUCAGCAAGUUUAAAGAGGAGCUUUUUGAUGUAUUAUUUUGUUAUUUUCCCAUUACUUUCAAGCCACCUAAGAAUGAUCCAUAUAAAAUUUCGAACUCUGACCUUAAGCUGGAACUCAGGCUCGCUAUAUCUGCGACGCCUGAAUUUGCCGAGGAUGCAUUUGGUAACCUGAUCGAUAAACUUACGGCAUCUUCUUUCAAUGUGAAGAAUGACACACUGCUGACUCUAAAGGCAUGUAUCGACAACUUUGGAGGAGAAUCGUUACUCAAGAACUGGCUUCCUUUGUGGAAUGCACUCAAAUUCGAAAUCAUACAUAAUAACGAAGGUGGAGAGACUACAAUAUCAAAUGCAGAAAGUGGAUCCCCAGACGUUAACAACUAUCAAGCGGCGCUGGAUGUUAUAAAAUCUUGCGCUUUACAACUGAGCGUAUUCGAUGUGGGGGCAUUUGACAACUUCUUCUCACACGUUUUCGAGGAAUUGAAGCCCAACUUCGUCUAUGAUAAGGAUCUACGUCAAAGCUGUAGCAUACUGGCAGCGAUAGGGAGUGCCAACACGGUUACAUUUGAUAAAGUCAUUGAAAACACAUUGCCUUUAUUUUUGAAGAGUAGUUCUAAAACUGCUAAACUGAAGUUGGUCAUGAUGAACUUGUCAUUUUUCCUCGAUUCUUACAUCGUUGUUUUCAAUGAUGACAACACGCUACAUGCGCAAGCCAGGAGCACGAAUAAGCUAGCAGGAUUCCAAGACGAAAUUUUGAUGAUUCUAGGUAAAGCUUUGACUGGUACCUCCAAGGUCGAGACCACGGUACGGACGUUGUCAGUUAUCCAAUUCACAAAAUUGGUCAAAAUGAGAGAUUAUUUGAACAGAGAUGAGAUGGCUUUAAUUAUUCAAUAUCUCACGGAAACCAUACUCACAGACACUAACAAGAACAUUUACUAUGCAUGCCUAGAGGGACUGAAAACCAUUGGCGACCUCCAAGAGGAUUUACUUUACGAGAUGUCUUUGAAGAAAUUGCUUCAGCUUCUACCAUCUGAUUCAAAGGAUAAAAUGUUUCUCAGAGAAGAUGAGCCCAUUGAAAAGGAGAAUAUUUUGAAGGUCAUAUUAGAUUUCACUAACUCAAAGCACCGACUGGUCAAAGAGAGUAUUAUCGGCCUUUCUGCCAAAUUAAAAAUUGUUGCGUCACACAAGGGUACCAGCGAUUACUGCUUUUUACUGGCUUCAUCGCUUUACACUUUACUAGCUAACAAUGCGACACUUAUUAGAGACACUGAUGCGUCGGCCAUCAAAGAAGCCACUGAGGCUCCGCUACUCGAUAUGAUGACUAAUACUACGGCGGUAACAAUGGAAGAUCAUAUCCUGACGCUUUUAUCUAAUGUCCUUUUCUUCAUCGAACUAAAAACGCCUUUAGACACCCAUCAACAACAAUUAGUGAGAUUCACAGAGCUCUUCGACAAGGACCUACAGAUUUUUGAAAAGCCCAACCGUGGUGUGUUGCCGUUUGUCAAAAUCUUAGGUGCUUUGAAUAAAGAAUGUGAUUUCAAGGAAUCAACCUCAUUUUUUGAGAAAACAGUGCGCCUACUCAAGAAGAACAGCCUAUCAAUGUCUGAAUUAGAAAGGUUAGGUUACCUUGAAUUGCUUAUGGUCUUAGUUAACAAAUGGCUGAAAGAAUCGACUGUUGAAGAAUUUUCCAACUGGAAUGACACUUCCGCCGUUAAUCUGGAAGUUCUUACAUGGAUUGGCAAAGGCCUCAUCAUGAAAAACUCACCGAUGGGUGUCAAGUUUCAACGUGGGUUGAUUAAGGAACUAGGGAGAGAAGAUGUGGGAGUUUUCGCAGCCAAGCUUUUUGAGGUGUUCGUCAUAGAUAUAACGCCAAUGAACAGAUAUAAGGGUAUUUCAUGGAACUGCAACACAAAAUUGCUUUACAAACAAAAGUUCUUUAGCGAGAUGUUCCCUCAACUGGUAGAUCUUUACAAGAACAGCGCCGACCUGUCGACAAAAUCCAACUACUUGACCGGCCUCUCUUUGAUUCUAAAGCAAAUUCCAAAAACGAUUAUUGAACCUUAUAUGGGCAAUUUAUUGCCACUAUUGCUACAAGCACUGGAAUUGCCAACCGCAGAUGUCAAAGUAUCGGCGCUGAGUACUUUGAAAGAUACCGCUGAAAAAUUUCAUCAACUGGUAACAGAGCACGUCCAAACCUUAUACACUACAUUGCUGAAGCUGAUAACACCGGGCAAACACAAUAACGUCCAGGUAAGGCUUCUAGCUUUGGAGCUUUUACUGAUUUUAUCAAGUGUAGUUCCACUGAAUUACAGUUUACCUUACAAGAUAGAUAUCAUCAGGGCUCUUGAACCAGUUCUGGAUGACAAUAGACGUAUUGUGAGAAAGCAAUGUGUUAUCACAAGACAGGCAUUUUUUGAGCUCGGCCAAGUGCCAUUUGAACAGUAA